CUUGUCUUUGCUUUGAUGUGGAACAAGUCCGAGUCCGUCCCUUGAAAUUUCCUAGAGCCAACCUCCCCAAAAGAAGCAUAGCAGUAUGCUCUGCCGGCCCAACUCAUACCCUUCAUAAAACCAAACCAACAUCGAUCGUACACAAAGCAGUGCCUUUGACGCCCAUUCUGCCAGUCCCUCACUAACUUUUCACGGAGGAGUCGUCCCUUUUUUCCUAUAUAAAAAACGAUUCCUUUUUUUAAUCCUCUUCUAUUUGAGGGUAGUGAAUGGGAGGGGAGGGAAUAUCAUAGACGUUCAUCCAAGCCCUCUCUCUUUUUCACUCUCUUUUUGGCCGAGAGAAACGGAGAAGAAACAAGACAUUAUCGUUGUUACAAGGUUGUCUAAGGAAGCUCAGAAUAUAAGGUAUGGUUCUUGAUAGCAUGAUAACUUCUCCUCACCGGAGAUCACCAUCUUUCCGGAAGCAAUUCCCACGGGAUGAGUUGGGUAGCUGGUCAACACUCCUUCAGCGACACCGUUUCCUCUUAACAGCCUUGGCUCUCUUGGCUUUCUUAUGCACAAUCUAUCUCUACUUCGCUGUUACCCUAGGGGCCACUGAAUCAUGCUCUGGACUGACAGGUACCAAAAAGACAUUAUGUCGUUUGGAGCUGGCAAAGGAUUCUGUAGGCAAUGGAAAACUCAAAUUUUUCUAGCACGGAUGGCACAGUCAAUCGGUUCUUGAUAAAGAAUAGGCAGGCACACCAUGAAACACCAAGAGGAAGACCUUUUCUGCCGGUUCUGGAUUGCUCAAUCAAUUUCCCAAUCGCCGGCUGCCAAUUGCAUGUUAAUGUAGCACCUGUGCUUUCUUCUAACCAAUUCACAAAAUAGCUUCUUAUUUCAUUUUCUUCGUUACACGGCACAAAGCCGAUUUAAUUUCCCUAUCUUCAUAGAAUAUCCGCUCUGUAGUUAGUUGAUGCUUAAACAACAGAAGACAUAAGUUAGGAAACAA